AUGGCCAGCGGCGUGGAUUACAAAGGGAUGUCCGGCCCGCGGGCGACGGGACACCAGACGAAAUCGUGGGAUCCCAAGUCGGGGCUCUACUACAACGGCAACUCCCAGCGCAGGACCGGGGAGUGCGCGCCGCAGGGCGUGCAGCCGAACCCGGUCAUGGCCGCAUGGAAGGACCCUGUGUGA